AUGUCGCGUAUAGUGGCUUCAAUUCUUAUUUUGACUUUUGUUCUGGGAAUAGAAGCAAAGUUGAAGAAAACAUCACCACCACAUUGUACUCAAGUCGCUAAAGAUACCGACUAUGUAUCCCGCUUUAAGAUGGAUUAUCCUAUUAUGUACCUUGUACAGGGACAACGGGAAGCAUUUCAACAAAUGUACUGCAUAAACCCAUCGGAAGUCAAUAAGGCUGUAACAACAGUUUGCGACUGGGCCGCUCCACCUCAAGUACAGUUCACACUAGGCGACGAGUAUAUGCAUGUGGUUCGUCAAGACCCGACUGGGCGGUACCUUGGAAAUGCUGUGAUAACAACAUAUCAACUCUGCAGCCAUAACAUACCACCACACAUCACGAUUAACCAAACUAUUCUACCAACCGUAACCGAAUUGGAAUCACACUAA